AGUGAAUGUGAAGCAAACAUGGCGGCGGCGCUUACGCUGAGGACGCGGGCAGCAGUGACAGCCCUGCUGAGUCCCACAGCACCGACGGCACUUGCUGUCAGACACGCAUCCAAGAAGACAGGUGGCAGCUCUAAGAACCUUGGUGGGAAGUCACGAGGCAAACACUAUGGCAUCAAGAAAAUGGAAGGUCACUACGUUCAUGCUGGCAACAUCCUUGGCACCCAACGUCAGUUUAGAUGGCACCCAGGCGCCCAUGUGGGACUUGGGAAGAACAAGUGCCUGUAUGCCCUGGAGGAGGGGGUAGUCCGCUACACAAAAGACGUCUACGUGCCCAAUCCCAAAAACUCGGAGGCUGUGAGUCUGAUCACUAGUCUGCCCAAGGGUGCUGUGCUCUACAAGACUUUUGUCCACGUGGUUCCUGCCAAACCUGAGGGAACCUUCAAACUAGUAGACAUGCUUUGAAGUCCUGUUGAGACCACUGGAUGGAGAUGGAACCCAGGUCACAGGAUCAAGUGAUGAUGGAAGUCAAGGAUCAGGGUGAGGACAAGAUCUCCACAGAAGAGGCUGGAGAGAUGGCUCAGAGGUUAAGUGCACUGACUGAUCUUCCAGAGGUCCUGAGUUCAAUUCCCAACAACCACAUGGUGGCUCACAACCAUCUGUAAUGGGAUCCCUCUUCUUGUGUGUCUGAAGACAGUGACAGUGUACUCAUAUACAUAAAAUAAAUAAAUACUUU